AUGUUGAAGUACUUCAAUGAGAACAUAUCCCUAGCGCUCCAGGAGAGGUACAGGGACCUCCAUGAGUAUCGGAAGGCGGAAGUAGAGGACUCACCGAGGGAGGCGAAAGUACCGAAAAUAGCGGAGGAAGGCGAGGCGGUCGGCGGCGAGGGCGCGUUCGAGCCGGGCGCCGCGCCGCCGUUUCCCCGGCUCCUGGAGGCGCCCAAGGAGGAGGAGAGCUUUGUGGCCAGCUGGCUGCACAACUCGUUCAAGAUGACGGCGGCUGAGGGUAACGAAGCGGCCGCUGGGGGUAGUGCACUAGACCUUCGCGCUGCACCUCUCUCACUGCACAUACCAGCAUUACAGACCGAUGCUCAGCGGUUCAAGAUGCAGGACUUCUGGAACAGAAGCCGACCAGGGUCCCCAACUCAGGAGUCCGUGGAGCACACCCAGCCCGGUCCAGCGCCCCCCACACCACAGCCCUCCGCCACACCUGACCACAAGAUCAUGACGGAGAAACUCGUUAGUGAAAUUCAGCAACAACAGCAAUCACCAUCCGCAGAUUCAACGAUGAGCGAGCGAUCCCUUGUGCCUUUCGCGCUGCCGCAUCAGUCUCCGUCCGGGGACGCCCCGCUGGGCGACCGCAACGUGCUUCCCUUCGCUUUGGUAAAUUUCCUGAAUAGCCUGAAUAUCGAUCAGCAAGCGAGAUCCGGCCAGAGUAUAAGCGAGAGAACGCUCGAAGAAUGCUGGUCGACACUUCAGCGAAUCUUCAUGCACAAGAACGCAAUGCAGAUGCACGCGAGAGAGCUCCAACGAGGGCUCGGGGGAGAGGUGAAGCCUCACCAAUGCCAGCAGUGUUUGAAAUCGUUUAGCUCCAAUCACCAGCUCGUCCAGCAUAUCAGGGUCCAUACGGGAGAGAAACCUUAUAAGUGCUCGUAUUGUGAUCGACGGUUCAAGCAGCUUAGCCACGUCCAACAGCACACCAGGUUACAUACAGGUGAACGACCGUACAAAUGCCACCUACCAGACUGUGGUAGAGCCUUCAUCCAGCUGUCCAACCUCCAGCAGCAUCUGAGGAACCAUGACGCUCAAGUGGAAAGGGCUAAAAACAGACCCUUUCAUUGCAAUAUAUGUGGCAAGGGCUUUGCUACAGAGAGCAGUCUUAGAACACAUACCGCAAAGGAGCUUCAGCUGCACCUUGGUGUUUUGCAGCAACACGCGGCACUAAUGAUAGGUGGCGCCACCGCUACACCAUGCCCAAUAUGCCACAAAGUCGUUUUCGGGGGCGAAGCCCUAGUCGAACAUAUGAAGAACACGCAUAAGGACCCGAACGCGUCCGGCGUUGCGAGUCCGCCCGCCACAUCACCGUACCCGGCGCAAGCUAAACCUGUUGAUCCUUAUGUAGCGAAGCGGCGAACUGCGAACCAUCCGUGUCCAGUGUGUGGGAAGCAUUAUGUUAACGAGGGUUCCUUGAGGAAGCACCUUGCCUGCCAUCCAGAGACCCAACUCACCAGCGGUUUGAGAAUGUGGCCCUGUUCCGUCUGCCAGGCCGUGUUUACACAUGAAAGCGGUCUUCUCUCUCACAUGGAGCAUAUGAGAAUGGAACCUAAACAUCAGUUCGCUGCUCAGUAUGUCCUAUCACGAGCAGCGGCAGAGAGACGAGAGAGAGACAUCAUCGCAGCGGUCUCAGCCUCCGCAGGAGGGUCCGGUCUUCUAAACUUAGCUCCCCCAUCACCAGCUCACUCCGACUCAUCAUCAAACGGCCGCCUAUCAUCGUCAGCGGGAUCCGAAGCUGGAGCUGCGGUAAAUAAACUUUCUGAUUUAUUACGUUCAGCAAACAACGGUCACCAGGCGUACGGUGAUGAGAGAGUGGCGGCAAUCGCUGCUGCUGCCGCUAAUAUGAUGGCUCAACCCGGUGAAGGAGCGAAUGCGGUACAAGUAGCCGCCGCUAAUUUAGUUACAGCGAUGCGUCAACAGUUAGCCAGAGAACCAGUACCACCCCCAGAAACACCGCCCGCUCCUACAGAAGCAGCCCUUAGAAUCCAACAAGCUGAAGCAUUGUUACGAAGUCAGGCUGAAGCGUUAAGACUAGCGGUAUCUCAAGCUGCGGCCGCACAUAACAAUGAAAGUCCGAGUCCUCUAAGACACAACGGUGGCUUCCCUCCUACGAACGACGCGAGUGGGCAAUUAUCUCCUGAACUGGUUGAAGCUUUUCGAAUCGCUCAAGAGGAGAGAUUGCAACAAGCUCUACGGUUACAUGACCCGAGGAUGUUGGGCUUUAAUCUUCCAUCUCCGGUGCAAGCGGCUCAACAAGCGGCUCAGCAGGCUGUCGCAGCUCAGCAAGUGGCUCAGGCUCAGGCUCAAGCUCAGGCUCAGGCUCAGGCGGCGCAAGCGGCUCAGGCAGCUCAGGCAGCUCAAGCCGCCCAGCAAGUUGUACAACAACAGCAGCAAAUGCAGCAAGCGGCUCAAGCGGCUCAAGCUGCUCAGGCAGCUCAAGCGGCUCAGGCGGCUCAGGCGGCUCAAGCGGCUCAAGCGGCUCAGCAAGCCGCCCAACAAGCUGUCCACCUCCAACAAAAUCCUCAGCCAUGAAAAUUCAGCUAUUACUAAUCCGAUGCGAUUUCGGUAGGACACACCUUAUCGCAAAAUAUUUAUA